AUGAAGAGCACUAUUAAUCUUCAAAGAAUAGUGAGGCUGUAUUCCACCCAGGUUGCAAAAGAUGCAGUCUCGCCACAGAUUUCGCUGACCUUGAUACUAUCGCGUCUCCCCAUCAUAACUCAUGAACCAAGCAGCUUUGAGAAACAAUUCUACAAAUAUCAAUCGGAAUUAUGGAGAAGACUUAUGUGGACUUUUCCCAAGUGGGUUUAUUUUAGACUGGGAACAAUGGCUGAACAAAGAUACAAAGUGCUUAACCAGAACCCUGUGAGUUACGAUAAGAAGAUUAUUUACCCAAAGGGUAAACCUGAUUUGAAGCAAAUGAGAGACAGACGUUUUAGACAAUACAUUCGUGUACCGAAGACAUAUAAAGAGGAAGAUGAAUUGAUUGGACAAGACUUGAGCGAGUUCAAGGAAAGUGAGGUCACUAGAAAGAUUGCACCAAAUUCAAGGGUCACAGCGGCAGAUAAGAUGGGAGACAAGACUUCUUUGGAAAGAGAAUUGAGCCGAACGCUCUAUUUGACCGUAAAGACUAGUAAGGAUGAACACUGGAAAUUACCAAAUUUUGAAGAAAGAUCUGGAGAAGUCGUUCCUCUUCAUUUGUUGGCAGAACAAGGUCUCUACAGUAUCGGGGGAAGAAGAAUAAACUAUUUCAACGUGGCAAAGACCCCAUGUCAUCAUGAAACUUACGACAAUGAAAAUAAAAAGAGUUACUUUAUCAAAUCGCACAUUUUAUCUGGAACAUUUGAGCCACAAACUGAAGAUCUCGAAUUCCAGUGGCUUACCAAGCAAGAAUUGAAAGAAUCCUUGCCACAAACGUAUUACUCAAAGAUACACCAUUUACUUAGUGACAUAUAG